AUGGAUUCUUCUUUUUUCCUUGCCACUGUUGCUGCUGCAAUAGGAUGCUUCACCCUUUUCAGAAAACUCAGUUUCCAUCAACAAGAUAACAAGGACAAGGAUUCUUCUUCAUCACCUUCAUCUUCUUUGUCUCCUUUAACAGCGCCUCCACCUUCUUCAUCUCGCAUCUGGACACAUCAUGUCUUUCCUAGCUUCCGUGGGGAAGAUGUCCGCAGAGGCUUUCUCAGUCAUAUUCAGAUGGAGUUUCAGAGAAACGGAAUCACUCCCUUCAUUGAUAAUGAGAUCAAAAGAGGAGAAUCCAUCGGUCCUGAGCUCGUUCGAGCUAUUAAAGGGUCUAAGAUUGCAAUUAUCUUGAUCUCAAGGAACUACGCUUCCUCAAAAUGGUGUCUUGACGAGCUGGUCGAGAUUAUGAAGUCCAGAGAAGAGCUGGGUCAAACAGUGAUGGCCAUUUUUUAUAAAGUGGAUCCUUCUGAUGUCAAAAAGCUGACUGGAGAUUUUGGGAAAGUCUUCAAAAAAACUUGUGCUGGUAAGACAAAGGAAGACAUUGGGAGAUGGAGACAAGCUUUGGCAAAAGUGGCAACAAUCGCUGGUUAUCAUUCAAGCAACUGGGAUACUGAAGCGGCUAUGAUCAAGAAAAUAACCACUGAUAUUUCGAACAUGCUGAAUAAUUCCAUAUCAUCACGGGAUUUUGAUGGGUUAGUUGGGAUGAGAGCUCGCUUGGAAAAGAUGGAACCACUGCUAUGCCUAGAGUCAGAUGAAGUGAGGAUGAUUGGGAUUUGUGGUCCUCCAGGGAUUGGGAAGACCACAAUCGCCAGAGUUGCAUACAACCAACUCUCCAACAGUUUUCAGCUGAGUGUCUUCAUGGAGAAUAUCAAAGCAAACUAUACAAGACCUUGUUCCGAUGACUACAGCACAAAGUUGCAGUUACAGAAACUGUUUAUGUCUCAGAUGACCAACCAAAAGGACAUGGAGAUUCUUCAUUUAGGAGUUGUCCAAGAUAGGUUGAAAGACAAGAAGGUUCUUGUCGUUCUUGAUGGAGUGGACCACUUGGUACAACUAGAAGCGAUGGCGAAAGAAACUUGGUGGUUUGGUCCUGGGAGUCGAAUUAUCAUUACAACUCAAGAUCAAAGUAUUUUUAGAGCACAUGGGAUUAACCAUAUUUACAAGGUUGAAAAUCCACGUACUAGUGAGGCUCUUCAAAUCUUUUGCAUGUCUGCUUUUGGUCAAAAGUUUCCUAAACAUGGUUUUGAGGAGCUUGUCUGGGGAAUUAUACGUCUUGCUGGUGAUCUCCCUUUGGGGCUAAGGGUUAUGGGUUCCUAUUUUCGUGGAAUGUCCAAGCAAGAGUGGAUAAAGUCACUACCAAGAUUAAAGGCUAAGAUUGACACUGAUAUUUGGAGCAUUUUGAAGUUCAGUUAUGAUGCUUUAAGUGACGACGAUAAAUAUUUAUUUCUUCAUGUAGCAUGUAUUUCCAACCGCUGGGGCUUUGAGAAGGUGGAAAAAUAUCUUGGACAAAGUCUAAGUGGCUUAGUUGAGAAAUCUCUUAUAUCUAUCGACGGCGACUCGGAUGGAAGAAUAUAUAUGCAUAGUUUGCUAGUAAAACUUGGUAGAGAAAUUGUUCAGCAACAAUCAAUUAAUGAGCCCGGACAGCGCCAGUUUUUGAUUUACAAUGAAGAGAUUAGUGAAGUACUAACUAGUGCAGCAGGUGGUAAAAGUGUCGUAGGCAUAAAGUUAAUAUAUGCAUACGGAGAAGAACCGAUUGUAACUUAUAUAAAUGAAAGAGCGUUUGAAGGAAUGUAUAAUCUUCAGUUCUUAAGUAUUGUCGUCCCUGAUCGCAAUACAUUGUAUCUACCAAGAGGUCUAAACUAUCUACCUCCGACACUUCGAUAUCUACAUUGGUGGUAUUUUCCGACGACAUGUUUGCCUGCUGUUUUGAACUUUGAGUUCCUUGUCGUACUACGUAUGCCUAAUAGCAAGCUUGAGAAGUUAUGGGAAGGAAUUAAACCGCUUCCAAAUCUCGAGUCGAUCACUUUGACUGGUUCAGUAAACUUGAAGGAGCUUCCUGAUCUCUCAACUGCCAUUAAUCUUGAGGAAUUGUCUCUGAAAGGAUGCUCGAGCCUGAUCAGACUCCAUUCCUCUAUUGGAAAUGCCAUUAAUCUCCAAAGGUUGUAUCUUAGUAAUUGCUCAAAUCUGUUGGAGCUUCCCUCGUCUAUUGGAAAUGCCAUUAAUCUCCAAAGCUUGUAUCUUGAUGAUUGCUCAAAUCUGUUGGAGCUCCCCUCUUCUAUUGGGAAUGCCACCAGUCUGGAGAAUUUGGAGCUUAGUUUUUGCUUAAAUCUGUUGGAACUUCCUCUCUCAAUUGGAAACCUUCAGAAGUUGAAGAAACUGGAAUUAAGAGGAUGCUCUAAGAUAGAGUUUCUGCCCACCAACAUCAACUUGGAAUCUUUGGAUAAACUUGAUCUCACGGAUUGCUCCAUGUUGAAAAGUUUUCCUGAGAUCUCUACAAACGUUCUCGAGCUCAGUGGAACCGCAACAGAAGAAGUGCCUCCCUCGAUUAGGUCAUGGUCUCGUCUUGAUGAGUUGCAUAUGCCAUACUUGGAAAACCUUAAGGGAAUGUGUCAUGCUCUUGACAUCAUCACAGAGCUGCACUUGAGCGAUACAGAGAUACAAGAGGUGCAUCCUUGGAUCAAGGGAAUCUCUCGUCUUAGGAAACUCGUGCUCAAGGGUUGCAGAAAGCUGGUAUCACUCCCACAGAUUUCGGAUUCCGUAUUAUUCAUCGAUGCAGAAGAUUGCGAGUCCCUGGAGAGACUAGAUUGCGAGUUUCACAAUCCAAUGGUGUCUCUUAAUUUUGCUAAGUGCUUCAAACUGAAUCAAGAAGCGAGAGACCUCAUCAUCCAGACACCGAAUAGUGAUUAUGCUGUCGUACCCGGUGGACAAGUGCCUUCCUACUUCACUCACCGAGCUAUCAGUGGGGAUUCGCUGACGAUUAAGUUGAAUGAGAGGUGGCCUCUUGUUACAUCCAUGAGAUUCAUGGCUUGCAUCUUGGUUGUUCAUGAAGGUGCCGAUGAGGCUUGUCAAAGUGAGUUUUGUAGAGGUGGGUAUUUCAAUGUAAACUGUGGAAAUUGUGGAUUUAGCUUCCGUUAUCUAGAUCCGCUUCUAACAGAGCAUCUGUACACAUUCCAAGUCGAAGCGAAGGUGACUUCCACUUCCAGCGAGCUUGUCUUUGAGUUCAAUCUCCAAGUCGAAGACCGUUACGGUUGGAAGAUAAGAGAAUGCGGGCUAGUCCAACUUAAGAAAUCAGAGAGAGAGCAAGGUUUUUAA